AUGACGUCUACUAUACCGACAUUGGUCGCAAGGGCGACGGUUGACUCGACAGAGAUAACGACAAUGCCGACGACAACGCUGGCCAUGUCAAGUAUCUUCACAGCCCCUGCUUCAUGCUCGAGCUCAUGGACAUACGAACCACGGGCGGCAAACAAUGUCUUAAAUGGACUCUUAUUGCAAAAUGCCGUCGCGAACGACAAUGCCGAUCCCGCAUGUUUCCCUUCUGGGUACAGUCAAUAUGGAAGAAUUCGACCAACUCUCGUCUAUAGCCCAGGCUAUUGUCCAGGUGGAUACACCUCAGCCGAUUUAGUGAUUCACAGUCCAGCAACCACUGCCAUAUGCUGUCCCUCUGACUUCUCCUAUAUCGAGGAGCCAAGGGACUCCACAACGACAUACGGCGGAUGUGUAAGCGAAUUUCCUAGUUCAUCAUCCACCAUUGUCACCGUCCGGCAGGUCAGCCAGGAGAGCACACAGGUCAACGGCCCCGUCACGAUGUGGGCGCAACCAAUCCAAAUCGAGCUGCAAGCUUCAGACAAAAGCCUAUUCGUCUCCGCCACUACAACAUCCGACACAACAACCUCAGACUCAUCACCACAGACCGGCCCAGCAUCUCCAAACCCAGCUACACCAAAACCGGCAAACCCCGCAGCCCCAGGCACGGGGACAGGAACAAGCGGCCUGUCAACAGGAGCGAGAAUCGGCGUUGGCGUCGGUGUCGCCGCAGCAGGACUCAUUAUAAUCGCCGCACUGGCAUUUUGGCUAUUCCGCCGGCGCCAGAACAAAGGAAAGAAGAGUCUGCAGGAUACAUCGUCACUUGGAGGGAGUCACCCAGAAGCUAGCGAGCUUGGUGGAAGCACUAAAUUCGGUGCGAACCCAUCAUACAAAGGCCCGGGAUAUGGAACGCCGAGCGAGCUUGGUGGGAGUUCGCAGACGGGAACGUCUACCGUUGUGGCGAAUACACGGACGGGUCCUUCUGAACUAGAUGCGGCAAACCCCGGCCCGAAGUUCGUGCAUGAACUUGGUGCUUAG